UAGACAAUAAUAAUACAGCUCUAUAAAACCCCCUCUUGGCGUUUACAUUUCGUCACGUACUUUCUGUAUACUGCUCGCAAUUUAAUUUUCAUCGGAAAAGUAGAAAAAUCUCGUCGGUGAAGAUCGUCGGCAAUGGCGGACACGGAGACGUUUGCUUUUCAGGCGGAGAUCAACCAGCUUUUGAGUCUGAUCAUCAACACUUUCUACAGCAACAAGGAGAUUUUUCUCCGUGAAUUAAUCAGUAACUCCUCCGAUGCAUUGGACAAGAUCCGUUUCGAAAGCUUGACAGACAAGGCGAAGCUCGAUUCUCAACCGGAACUCUUCAUCCACAUUAUCCCCGACAAGACCAACAACACACUCACCAUUAUCGACAGUGGAAUCGGAAUGACAAAGGCUGAUUUGGUCAACAACCUCGGCACAAUCGCCAGGUCAGGAACCAAGGAAUUCAUGGAAGCUCUAUCAGCUGGUGCUGACGUCAGCAUGAUUGGACAGUUCGGAGUUGGUUUCUAUUCUGCCUAUUUGGCUGCCGAAAAGGUCAUCGUCACCACAAAGCAUAACGAUGAUGAACAGUAUGUUUGGGAGUCACAGGCUGGCGGUUCGUUCACAGUUACCAGAGAUACAUCAGACGAAACCUUAGGCAGGGGUAGCAAGAUUACUUUGUACCUCAAAGAGGACCAGCUUGAGUACUUGGAGGAGCGUAGGCUUAAAGAUUUGAUCAAGAAGCACUCUGAGUUUAUUAGCUACCCAAUCUCUAUGUGGGUCGAGAAAACCAACGAAAAGGUUAUUUCAGACGACGAGGAUGAAGAAGAGGAUAAGAAGGAUGAGGAAGGAAAGGUUGAGGAAGUAGACGAAGAGCAAGAGAAAUCCGAGAAGAAAAAGAAGAAGAUUAAGGAAGUUUCGCACGAGUGGGAGUUGGUGAAUAAACAGAAGCCUAUAUGGAUGCGUAAGCCUGAAGAAAUCACAAAGGAAGAGUACUCUGCUUUCUACAAGAGCCUGACCAAUGACUGGGAGGAUCAUUUGGCAGUGAAGCACUUUUCGGUCGAGGGCCAGCUCGAGUUUAAAGCUGUCCUCUUUGUCCCAAAACGGGCCCCGUUCGACCUAUUCGACAAUAAGAAAAAGCCCAACAACAUUAAGCUCUAUGUUCGUCGUGUGUUCAUCAUGGAUAACUGUGAGGAUUUGAUACCUGAUUAUCUUGGGUUCGUAAAGGGUAUAGUGGACUCUGAGGAUUUGCCUCUCAACAUCUCGCGUGAGACGCUGCAGCAGAACAAAAUCUUGAAGGUGAUUCGCAAGAAUCUGGUCAAGAAGUGCUUGGAGCUCUUCUUCGAGAUUGCAGAAAAUAAAGAGGACUACAACAAAUUCUACGAGGCUUUCUCGAAGAAUCUCAAGCUCGGCAUACACGAAGAUUCUCAGAACAAGACGAAAAUCGCCGAACUUCUCAGGUACCACUCGACCAAGAGCGGCGACGAGUUGACCAGCUUGAAGGAUUACGUGACUAGGAUGAAGGAAAGCCAGAACGAAAUCUAUUACAUCACCGGCGAAAGCAAGAAAGCAGUCGAAAAUUCACCCUUUCUCGAGAGGUUGAAGAAGAAGGGGUAUGAAGUACUAUACAUGGUCGAUGCUAUCGACGAAUAUGCAGUCGGUCAAUUGAAGGAAUUUGAAGGGAAGAAGCUAGUUUCUGCUACAAAGGAGGGUUUGAAGUUGGAUGAAAGCGAAGACGAGAAGAAGAAGAAGGAAGAGUUGAAGCAGAAGUUCGAAGGUUUGUGUAAAGUGAUCAAGGAUGUGCUAGGAGAUAAGGUCGAAAAGGUAAUUGUGUCGGACCGUGUGGUGGAUUCGCCGUGCUGUUUGGUUACAGGGGAGUACGGGUGGACGGCAAAUAUGGAGAGGAUUAUGAAGGCGCAGGCUUUGAAGGGUUCAAGCGCGGGCGGGUACAUGGCGAGUAAGAAGACUAUGGAGAUUAAUCCGGAGAAUUCGAUUAUGGAUGAAUUGAGGAAGAGGGCUGAUUCGGAUAAAAACGACAAGUCGGUUAAGGAUUUGGUUUUGUUGCUUUUCGAGACUGCUUUGCUUACAUCGGGUUUCAGUUUGGAGGAGCCGAAUACUUUUGGGAAUCGGAUUUUUAGGAUGUUGAAGCUUGGGUUGAGUAUUGAUGAUGAUGAGGGCGGUGAUGCUGACCUGGACAUGCCGGAGUUGGAGGAGGUUGUGGCUGAUGCUGACGGCAGCAAGAUGGAGGAAGUUGAUUAGAUAUUCAUUUUGGUUUUCUGUUUUUCUUUUUUUUUUUUUUUUUUUUUUUAAUUGCUUGUGCUGGUUUUAAUGUUUUUGAAUAUUACUUGAUUGUGACAUGCAUCUUUUUUUAUAAAUUCAUUUAGUUG